UUCCACCUAAAACGUUUAGUUUCAGCUCAGUGAUCAGCUACCCCAGCUCGGCGGGGGAGCGGAAGGCUUGAAUUAUUCCGACCUGUGAGCGGCCCCUGGCACCAAAAAAAAAAAAAAAGGCACAAAAAAGUGGAAACUUUUUUUAUCCCUGUCCAUUCCAUCAAGUCCUGAAAAAUCAAAAUGGAUUUAGAGAAAAAUUACCCGACUCCUCGGACCAGCAGGACAGGACAUGGAGGAGUGAAUCAGCUUGGGGGGGUUUUUGUGAAUGGACGGCCACUCCCGGAUGUAGUCCGCCAAAGGAUAGUGGAACUUGCUCAUCAAGGUGUCAGGCCCUGCGACAUCUCCAGGCAGCUUCGGGUCAGCCAUGGUUGUGUCAGCAAAAUUCUUGGCAGGUAUUAUGAGACGGGAAGCAUCAAGCCUGGGGUAAUUGGAGGAUCCAAACCAAAGGUCGCCACACCCAAAGUGGUGGAAAAAAUCGCUGAGUAUAAACGCCAAAAUCCUACCAUGUUUGCCUGGGAGAUAAGGGACCGGCUGCUGGCGGAGCGGGUGUGUGACAAUGACACGGUGCCUAGCGUCAGUUCCAUCAACAGGAUCAUCCGGACAAAAGUACAGCAGCCACCCAACCAGCCAGUCCCAGCUUCCAGUCACAGCAUAGUGUCCACGGGCUCCGUGACGCAGGUGUCGUCGGUGAGCACGGACUCAGCUGGCUCGUCGUACUCCAUCAGCGGCAUCCUGGGCAUCACGUCCCCCAGCGCCGACACCAACAAGCGCAAGAGAGACGAAGGUAUUCAGGAGUCUCCGGUGCCGAACGGUCACUCACUUCCGGGCAGAGAUUUCCUCCGGAAGCAGAUGCGGGGAGACCUGUUCACGCAGCAGCAGCUGGAGGUGCUGGACCGUGUGUUUGAGAGGCAGCACUACUCGGACAUCUUCACCACCACGGAGCCCAUCAAGCCCGAGCAGACCACGGAGUAUUCAGCCAUGGCCUCACUGGCUGGAGGGCUGGACGACAUGAAGGCCAACCUGACCAGUCCCACACCCGCUGACAUCGGGAGCAGUGUGCCUGGCCCGCAGUCCUACCCCAUCGUGACAGGCCGUGACUUGGCGAGCACGACCCUCCCCGGGUACCCUCCGCACGUCCCCCCCGCCGGACAGGGCAGCUACUCAGCGCCUACGCUGACAGGGAUGGUGCCUGGGAGUGAGUUUUCCGGGAGCCCCUACAGCCACCCACAGUAUUCCUCGUACAACGACUCCUGGAGGUUCCCCAACCCGGGGCUGCUUGGCUCCCCCUACUACUACAGCGCCGCUGCCCGAGGAGCUGCCCCGCCUGCAGCCGCCACUGCCUACGACCGCCACUGACCCUUGGAGCCAGGCAGGCGCCAAGCACUUGUGACACAUAUCAUUGAGGGCGAUAGCCUCCAGCCCCUCUGCAGCCAGCCAGAGAGGCCUGCUGAGACCGUCCCCAGCAACCUCCCCCAGACACCUGAAAUUUCCACCUUCCCCUUCUCCUCCCCGGGACUGGGAUUUUAUGGCAGGGCUUUUGGACUUCUCGAUGCUUGCCCGUUGCUAAGAGCCAAUUGAUGAGCUUCUCCCAGUGGCCACUGAGAACCAACAGACCAUUCUGUGGACAACUGCAGCCCCGCCCAGCCUGCCAGUCCCCCAGCCAUCUGACCAUCUGUCUGUCAAAACCACCCAGGCCUGGGAAGGAGAGCUUGCUUUAGCGGCUUCAGCAGCACUCGUGUAAAUACCUUCUUGCUUUUCUGUGGGCCCAAGGGUCCGACUGAGUAGACUGCCCAACCCAUUAUGCAUCCUGCACUCACAGUGCAUCAUGGGACAUCUUAGACCUGUGCACAGAGCAUCCUCUCUGCCCUGGGUGCCCCCUGCCACGUGGGCUCAGAGCUGUCCUUGACACCAAGGGUGCCCACCUUGGGGCCCCAGCCUCCUGCUCACCUCUACUUCUUUCAUGUCUUGACUGGGAGUUUCACUGGGCUGGUUGGGCUGCAAGCGCCCCCUGAGACCCCUCCUCGAAAGGAACAUACUUUCAGGAGACGCACUGGCUUCCUGCCUCCAUUUCCCUGGGGCCGAUGGAGUAUUAGCAACCCUUUUCCAGAUCAAAGAACUCAAAGGGAACUGCUGGGGAGAUUCCUCAGCUACCGUGCAAAAGCAAAAUGUUAUCCAAGGUGUUGACUGCACCGUGGACUUGGAGCGUCAGGGCUGGGUGGGAUGCAGGAGAUCAUCCGAUCCAAGCCCAGGAGGGGCCCGAGGCUCUCCUGACUCCCCCAGCCCCUGGGACUGUGUGUUUUCUGAGGCAUAUCCAGGCUCGAAUCACUUUGGACACCCACCAUGGACACUUCACCUACCCUCGAGGACCCCUGUGAGUGGAUUCUGGGCAAGUCUGUCCCAGCCAGGUAGACAAUGAUUAACACAAAGGACUUUCCCCUGCACCAAGGACCCCAGACAACCUACAGCAGCCAGUCAGCACUUCUGCAUGUCCGCUUGGGGCGGCCCCUCCCCGUCCUCAUGGAGCUUAGCAUGCAGCUGGGGCAGAGGUGCUGGGGUUGGGGGCAGAGCCCUACUUUGCACAGUGCAUGCCCACCUGUUGAUUGAAGGGGCUGUGAUGGUCAGGGCCAUGGCCAAGGACCACAGGAGCUUGGAGAGGGGCCUUGGAGAACUCACCGUGGGCUAGAGUGGCCAGAGGAAGCCAGCUGGGAAGAUUUGGGGGACAGAGGAAGGCCUCCUGGGAGAGAGGCAGGAAAACCAUGAGGAAGUGGUAUGUGACCUGGGAGUGGUUUGGCGAUAGGGGUGCCAGAUGCCACCAUCUCUAUGCCUAGGGCCUCAAUUCCUUGCAUAGUCUCUCUUGUCAACUCAGAACAGCCAGGUGUAGCCCCUAUCCAAACCCCAGCUGAAUUACAGCAAUGACAGUGGGCUUGGUCAUCUCAUAUGACAGUGUCCCCCCAUGCCAGUACAUCACCAGGAUGGCAGAGAGCUGGGGCAGAGAGAGCCUGGACGGGGGUUGUCAGUUCAGGCAAGCCCUGUCCCAGCCAUUCCUCUGCUUUGCUGUGGGGCCUCAGACAGGACCCUUCACCUCUUUGAGCCUCAGCUGCCUUGGUACAGCAGAGUCACCUGUAGGGUCACCCAGCAUCUCUCUGCUUCCCUUCCCCCUCCCAGGGAGCUGGGGCCAUGCCAGGGCCGGCUGAGGCAGGCCCUCCACUCCUGAACAAGCACAUGGGGUGGUGCCUGAGUCCUGCCCAUACUUAGACCAAGUGGGAAACAAGAACACCCAGAGGUGCAGGAUCCAGAAGAGCCUUGAAAAAGACCUAGUUCAGCUUCCCUUAGGGGAAACUGAGGCCCAGUUUGGGGAAGCCCAGGACCAUGCAGGGAG